AUGUCUCCACUCCUGGGUAACAGCAGUUCACAUGAACAGGCUGCUGUACAUUAUGCAUCAGAAUCCAUUGGCUCCCUUGCUGUCUUCAUCAUCGUCUUCAUCAUAGGUAUCCCAGGCAAUGGGUUGGUGAUCUGGGUAGCUGGCCUGAAAAUGAAGAGAUCUGUGAACAUUGUUUGGUUCCUAAACCUUGCUGUGGCUGAUUUCAUUUGCUGCUUGUCUUUGCCUUUUUCCAUUGUUCAUCUGGUCCUCCAUGAAUACUGGCCAUAUGGCUGGUUCCUCUGCAAAGUCAUUCCAUCAGUCAUCAUAUUUACCAUGUUUGCUAGUGUUUUCCUACUCAUGGCCAUCAGUAUUGACCGGUGCCUCCUUGUGAUGAAACCUGUCUGGUGCCAAAAUCAUCGAACAAUGAAGUUCAUAUCAUUAACAUGCGGUGGCAUUUGGAUUCUGGCCUUCAUUUUCUGCUGUCCUGUCUUUCACUAUCGUGAGAUUAUCAUUUAUGAUGGCAAAACUGAGUGUGGGUACAAUUUUGGACAUGAUAAAAUGCUAGACUAUAUGGAUGACAAUGGUUCUGUAAAUGAAUUAUUGGAAUACUCAUCUUUAAUACCAGCUGGCACCUAUGAUGACACCAUCUUCAUUCAUCAGCCCGUUGAUGAUUAUCCAGGUUUCCAGACAGAGAGCAUAUCCACCAAUGAAGACAUAAUCACAACAUCUCAUAUUCUGCGUUCUACAGUAAUUCUACCAGUAAACAUAAACUCACUGUUAACUUCCACUGCCUAUCCUGACGUUAAGCUGUUGCAAUCUCCUAAUGGCCUGCCUAGUGCAAAUACGUCUACACCAUCCAACUUUGACUUCCAUUUAAAACUAUCUGACCUUCAUGAUGAUUUGCUCGAUUUUGACAACAUAUACAGUGAUAAUGACUCACUGGGAAAUUUCUAUGCGGAUGAGUCUUUUGUACCCCUUCCAUUAGUUGUUGUGACCAUCACAAGGGCCAUUUUUGGCUUUGUACUCCCCUUCAGCAUAAUGGCAGUUUGCUAUGUCCUUAUUGCUUUCAGGAUGCAUGCAAAUCUGUUUCACAAGCAACGUAGCAAGAUGCUGCGAGUGAUCUUGCUGGUAGUAGCUGCAUUCUUUAUCUGUUGGGCUCCAUACCACAUAGUUGGGAUUCUGUCCUUUGUAGCUGCUACUGGUACAGGACUGAGGGAGUCAUUGGUCCUCUGGGAUCACCUCUCUACAGCACUAGCAUAUGUUAACAGCUGCAUCAACCCCCUGCUCUAUGUUUUUAUGGGGCGAGACUUCAGGGCAAAGGCACGGCAAUCAGUGCAGGGAAUCUUGGAAGGCGCCUUUGUUGAGGAACUAACACCUUCAACCCCUUACUCCCUUGACAGAAACAAGACGUCAACAGACAAGGAUGUUAGCAGCACAGUGUAACGCACAACUUCAAACCAUCACUGCAAGGACAAAGUGCAUCGUUGACUCUCCACUUACAGCUUUUUUUUUUUUUUUUUUUUUUU